AGGAGACCAGGGUUCAAUUCCACCCUCGGCCAUCUCUGUGUGGAGUUUGCAUGUUCUCCCCGUGCAUGCGUGGGUUUUCUCCGGGUACUCCGAUUUCCUCCCACAUUCCAAAAACAUGCUAGGUUAAUUGGCAACUCCAAAUUGUCCAUAGGUAUGAAUGUGAGUGUGAAUGGUUGUUUGUCUAUAUGUGCCCUGUGAUUGGCUGGCGACCAGUCCAGGGUGUACCCCGCCUCUCGCCCGAAGACGGCUGGGAUAGGCUCCAGCACCCCCGCGACCCUCGUGAGGAAAAGCGGUAGAAAAUGAAUGAAUGAAUGAAUAUUUCAGAAAUGCAUAAUAUAACAUACAAUAAUCCUUUUUUUUUCUCCACUUUCUGAUUGGUUGCAAACCCAUUUUUUAAACUGCUUUUUUUCUCCCCCCUACCCAAAUUACAUGAGUGAUGCUCCUGUUUUUUCAUUUGCUGCUGUCCCUCAGAUUAUUGCUCUCCAAAGACCCCUCCUCUCUCGCUCUAUGGUUAAAUAGCCGAGCAUCCUGUUUCACAGGGUUAGACAGCCCACUUUGCUUAGAGGGGGGGUGUUGCUUAAAAAGAUAAUCCAUCACCUGCAACAUCUGAAUUGAAAAGGCAUAGGCUGCGCUUUUAAAAUGUACUCUAACAGGAUCGAUGGACCUCGAAGGGGUAGAUCUUUUGACUCCAUGAACAUUGGCUUUGAAGAGAAACUACUGAACAACGAGAUAAACAAAUCAACUUUCACGAAAAUAGAAGAAAACACUGAGAAGAAUUUGCCCGAGAAAGGCAGAGCAACAAUUAUCUUUUCCCUCAAGAAUGAAGUUGGAGGACUUGUAAAGGCGCUGAAACUCUUCCAAGAAAACCAUGUCAACCUUGUGCACAUUGAAUCCAGGAAAUCAAAAAGGCGCAACUCAGAGUUUGAAAUAUUUGUUGACUGCGACAGCAACCACGAACAACUCAAUGAAAUCAUCCAGCUGUUACAAAAGCAUGUGAACGUGGUGGACAUGGAGCCUCCAGAUAACUCCUGUCUGCAGGAGGAAGAUAUGCAUAAUGUACCUUGGUUCCCAAAGAAAAUAUCUGACCUGGACAAGUGUGCUAAUCGUGUUCUGAUGUACGGUUUGGAGUUGGAUGCCGAUCAUCCGGGUUUUAAGGACAAUGUGUACCGCAAAAGAAGGAAGUACUUUGCAGAUCUUGCGAUGUCCUACAAACAUGGUGAGGCAAUUCCUCGCAUUGAGUUCACAGAGGAGGAAGUGAAGACAUGGGGUGUUGUGUACAGGGAGCUCAACAAGUUGUACCCCAGCCAUGCCUGUAGGGAAUACCUCAAGAACCUGCCCCUGCUGUCCAAAUACUGUGAAUGUCGAGAAGACAACAUCCCCCAACUCGAAGAUGUCUCUCGCUUUCUCAGGGAACGCACCGGGUUUACCAUCAGACCCGUGGCUGGUUACCUGUCCCCUCGUGACUUCCUGGCUGGUUUGGCCUUUCGUGUUUUCCACUGCACUCAGUAUGUGCGGCACAGCUCUGACCCCUUAUACACCCCUGAGCCGGACACGUGCCAUGAGCUGCUGGGUCACGUCCCCUUGCUGGCGGAGCCCAGUUUUGCACAGUUUUCUCAGGAAAUCGGACUGGCUUCACUCGGUGCUUCAGACGACUCUGUUCAGAAACUGGCCACAUGCUAUUUCUUCACAGUUGAGUUCGGCCUAUGCAAGCAAGAAGGACAACUACGAGCAUAUGGGGCAGGGUUGCUAUCAUCCAUCAGUGAGCUUAAGCAUGCACUCUCUGGUAAAGCAAGAAUAACGCCAUUUGACCCAAAAGUAACAUCCAAACAAGAAUGCAUCAUUACAACCUUUCAGGAUGUUUACUUUGUGUCAGACAGCUUCGAGGAAGCCAAAAUCAAGAUGAGGGAAUUUGCCAAGACCAUCAAGCGUCCCUUCACAGUACGGUACAACCCCUACACCCAGAGUGUGGAUGUGCUUAAAGACACUCCCAGUAUCAACAGCGUCGUAGAGGAGCUCCGACAUGAGCUUGACAUUGUGGGUGACGCCCUGAGCCGCCUCAACAAGCAGCUGGGUGUCUGACCCUCCAAAAUCCCACAGUCAGUCAGUCAGUGUGUCCCCCCGUCGAGCUGCUGUAGAGAUGCUGCCUGCGUAUCGGCCCUUUGUCAUUAUGAUGAAUGUGCACUGAUUUUGGCAAAAACACCCUUGUGUCCCCCCCCUUUGCAUGGCACAGGCUAAUAUGAUGUACAGUAGCACUAAUUGCUAUGAUAUCAGUGAACUGCACAAACCCAAAGAGCAUUCUGUUUUCACCUAAUCGGCUUACUGUAUAUCCUGCAAACUGUCUGUGAGCUUUUGUACCAAAAAUCCCCUUUUACUCCUAUUCUUAACUCUCCUGUUGUAUAUGAUGAUGUGAUAUUUUUUUCUAUUUGGUUUCAUGGUCAAUUUAAUCUUCCACACUUCAGUGAUUAUAUAUAAAAUGUACUUUUUGUCUUAUGUGACUGUAACCUGUUGCUUUCUGUGUGUUGUUGAAAGGAAUAAUUCCAGUGAUAUUAUAAAAGUAUUUUGGUGGUUUAUGAUAAUAGACCCAUGCACACUCGCCUACAUUAUUUCACACUCAUAAUUUUAAAUGCCUCCAAUGAAAUAUAACACAUAGAAGUACACUGAGCAUUAAAAUAUUUUUCUACCAAACAAAA